AUGCCUGAACUAAGAGCAAUCAGCAAGAUCUUCACUGCCCUCGAGCAAGCCGAGGGGGCUGGCGCUAGAGUUCGGCGCGCCAUUGGCAGCAGAUUCCAGCGCAACUUCUCGCCAUUCCUCAUGUUUGAUCAUAUGAACGGUAGCAAUGGCGCAGGCUUCCCAGACCACCCCCACCGAGGUCAAGAAACAGUAUCCUACAUCCUCGCAGGGUCCGUUGAGCAUGAAGACUUUGUUGGGAAUAAAGGCAUCCUCCAUGCUGGUGACCUUCAAUUCAUGACGGCGGGGCGAGGCAUUAUGCAUUCUGAGCAGCCGCUGCCUGAUCCUGACGGAAAGCCCGGGGCUGGUUUUCAGCUGUGGGUCGAUCUCCCAAAGCAUCUGAAGAUGUGUGAGCCCCGAUAUCGAGAUCUCAGGGCCAAGGAAAUCCCACACGCGCAUAUCGAUAACGGCAAGGUCCUUGUUAAGGUCAUCUCAGGCCAAUCCGGCAACAUUGAUGGCGUCAAAGACUUAGCAUACACACCUGUGUGGUAUCUAGAUGUCGAGAUUCAACCGGGCGGAGAACUGGUUCAGUCUCUGCCCCAAGCUUGGAAUGCUUUCUCUUACGUCUUUGAGGGCUCUGCCAACUUUAAAUCUGAACCUGGCGUCUCGACAAAGGUUAAUCAGUACGGCACGGUCAUAUACAAACCCGAAGGAGAUGCGGUUGAUAUCCAGGUUGCCGAGAAUGCACCUCGCAGCGCUCGUGUCCUUAUUAUCGCAGGCCAGAUUCUAGACCAGCCAAUUGUUCAACAUGGACCUUUUGUAUCAACUACCUCUGAAGGAAUCCGGCAAGCUGUUGAAGACUUUUACGAGAACAAAAACGGAUUUGAGAGAGCGAAGGGAUGGCAGAGUGAGAAUAUGAGGCGCAGAAUGAGUAUAUAA